ACUGAGAAUAACUAGGGGAUUCAGUUAACUAGGAGUACUUAAGUGUUCUUCCCAAUUUCAAGAAAAGAAAGUGUUCUUCCCACUUUCGCUCUGCUCGGACGCGCGCCGCCAUGGACAGUUCCUUCCUGCUCUUCCCUCGCUUCCAAUCUCAUCGCGUUAAUCACCUUCCAAUUCCAUCGACACGAGAAAUCGGACUGCUCCAGAUCAUUUGGACUUCGAUCUCCCCAGCCUCCCCAUUUUUCCAGACACAGAGUUCCAGUUAUCUGGUUUCGAUGCGAAUUACCCAGCGCCAUCCCUUCCCCAGUUCUCCAGCCUCGUCAGAGUAGCCGAUGGAGAUAGAUCUGACCCGGGACGCCCGCGACGGCGACGCGGAGAGGGUCGCCGCCCCGCAGAGUAACCGUGCCGUCCGAGUGGAGGUCGUCGCCCAGGAGCGCAACGGCGCCGGUGGCAUGGUGGCCGCUGCCGAGGGAAGCGACGGCGCUGCCUUGGAGUCGGUCGGCGUUGGCGCCGAGGAGGGCGUCGCCCCGGAGAAGAACGGCGUCGGCUCCGGUGGCGAGAAGGAGGUCGCCUCGGAGGGGAGCGGCGCCGGCGCCGAGGUGGGCGCUGCCGUGGAGACGAACGGCGUCGCAGUUGACGUCUGGAUCUGCCACCAGUGCCGUCAGAGAAAAAUAGGGCCCACGGCAGCUUGCAGAGGGUCCAAGAAGAAUGGCAAGUGCGCUCUCAGAUAUUGCAAGAAUUGCAUACGUAACAGGUACCCUUUGAUUGCGGAUGAGGUGUUGAAGGAGGAAGCCUGGGAAUGCCCCAAGUGCAGGAAUGACUGCAACUGCAGCAAGUGCAAAAAGAGGAGAGGGGAGGAGCCAGCAGGGCCAAUGGUCCAUUCUGUCAAGAGACCGAAGGGCAACCUGCGGAGAAUUGAGAGCACCGAUGCUCUCAAGGAUGAAAUAGUCAUACCCAGAGGUACUCUUGUGACUUGCGUUGCUGGUGUAGAGAUGCAGCCUGAAGAUGUUGGUGCCGCCAUUCAAUUUUUGGAGUUUUGUCGCUCAUUUGGCGAGCGCAAUAUGUCGUGCAAAUCAUUGCUGAGACUAGGAUGUCUUGAGGGCUUCACAAUAUUUGUGAUAGUGAUGCAUGUCUAUGCAAGUGCCCACUUGAUCUUCCAAAUAAGGAAGGGCCAAUCAGAAAAAAUUGUCAAAGACAUAACUGGAGAUCGUCAACUCCGAGAGGUGUCUUCAGUUGUUGCUGAGCUUCAUGCAAACCUGUUAUCUGUCAUAGAAAACGGCAAUUACAAGCCUUUGAAAUAUCCAAGACAUGGGGAUGCAUGGAUAAGAAAACUCAGGAAAUAUAUCACUGACUCGACAUUACACGCAAAAGAUUUCAUCCUUGAGUACUUAAGCCAUGGGCUAUCUGGAUAUAAAAAUUUGAGCCCUUCUCAUAAGCUGGAUGUGCUGAAUUCUCUGUGUGAUGAGGCAUUAUCAUCUGAAAAGUUGAAGACUAGGAUUGAAGCUAGAGAAUGUGUGGCCAGACAAAAGAUCCGUGCUGCAACCGAGAAGGAAAAGGAGCUAAAAGAAAGACAGAAUGACAUGGCUAAAACAAUGGGAGGAGAAAUCGCUGGCAAUGACGAAGCUAAUAAUAUCUUUUGUCAAAUAAAGGAGGCAAAAGAAGUCAAGCAGGCAGCCAUGAAUGAAUUAGAGGAACUGGGAUGUGUCCUUAGGUCCACGCCUGUCAUGGUAGACAAAGGAGUAGCAUACUGGAAGCUGGAUGGCUAUUGUAAUAACAAUACAAACAUAUUACGCCAAGAAUUUGACAACGAAGCUACAAUGAAGAACCAAGACAAGUGGUUCAUGUUCAGUGAAGAUGAACAGAAAGUAGUUGAAAAUCAUGUAACUACAAGGUCCCAGCGCCCAUGGAGAAAGGAUAACCGGGUGUAAUGAUUUACAGAUCCCAAUCUCCUGCUGUUUUAACUGCUUGAUGAUAUUCAUUUGUCCUUUCUAUGUGCCUUUCUUUUUAUGGCUUCUAGGAUACACCACAUUUCCUUUCAAGUGAAAUGGAAAUAAGUUAUUUUACAACCGCAUCGUCACUAUUUAUGUUCUAACAGCAAAGCAUAUAUAAACCACCAGUGUUGACUCUGCUGUGCUUAUCAACCUGAUGAGUGUUCACUUACAGUUACAGCUCAACUUCACCGGAAACAUACGUAAAAGAUAACAUCGGAGAUGUACAGAAGUUUGCACACGAAUCUCCAUUGCUUUUUCAAACCCCUUGCCAUGCUAUAGCAGGAAGAAGCUACUGCGUUGAACAGAAUAUCACCUGCGGUAGUAUUGCUGAUAUAGUCCCGAACAUAACUUUUAGCUAGUCUACAAAAGUAUUUAGGAUAAAACUAUAUUUUAUAUGCCACCGUAAAGCGAGUCAUCACAUGGAACUUCAUGUUUAAGUAUUUAUCCUAUUAGAGUUUUGUAAUGAUUGUUUCUCUUAAGUAUUAAGCUCAGAGUGGGAGCUGUGAAUUAUUUUCAUCUUCUUUUGAUGUUCUGUUUUGGCAGGUGAAUGGACUACCCCAGAUGACAGUUGCUACAGAACAACCAACAUUUCUCAAAGAUUGGGUCAUAGCAUUUGAAUACAAAUCUUGUGGCAUCUUUCUUCUCCCCUAUGGGAACACAGCAAGACUUUGUAGCACCUUCUGAUGUAUUUUUUGGGGAUGUUUUAAAAAUGAGAGAAAGCUAGAGCAUGCAGCUUUGCUGAAAUUUAUCGUUAGCAUUUGAAUGUCGUGCAGCCAAAUUUUCCUGCUGUAUCGUACUCCCUCUGUAAAGAAAUAUAAGUGUUUAGAUCACCAGGUGCUCUUGUAUUUCUUUACGGAGGGAGUAUUAUUGAUCAUUCUAUAGCAGAAAAGGAUUAUUUCCAGUCUCGAACA